ACUCAGACCUCCAGCGCCUGGAAGAAAUGACCGACAGCAGUUCCUCCGUAGCCAUUUUAGCUCAAGGCUAUUUCCACUUUCUGGCGUCCUGUUGUCCCCAUCCGGCGUUCCUGGCAUGGCAGCAGCUCCGCAUGAACGUACGACAGCAGUCCUUCUUGGUACAGCUGGGUUCACCGGUCAAAGUCCCGACGACUUGAAGGAGAACUUGUUCAACAUGAACUCAACUGUCGCCUUGCUCUCCGCCCUCCUGAUGAGUUUCACGUUCUCCAAUGAAUUCGUUGCCCUGGACCUUGGAGAGGGCUUUCCGGAUCCCAUUUGCGCAGGCUGGACUGGAUACCAGUCGGAGAGCGGUAACCUUCGGUUCCAAGACGAUUGCAGCGAAUGUAUCAACAUUUGGCAGUCUUGCAAUACUUGCGCGAUCAUGGCAGGCAUUUUCCAGACUCUCAUGCAGAUCACCACUAUUUGUGCAGGGCUGUCUGUCAGCUACAGCUGCGGUAUGAUAUUUAAUUUCUCUUCGCUUCCCAAAGCGAAGAUUCCUACAUACAAUGAGAGGAUCGGCUGGAGGGUGUCUGGCGGUCGCAUCUUGAUGAAUCUGGCGUUGGGCACGUUUUUUGCAGCAGUGGCCAUCAAGUUCUCGCUCGUGCUCGAGGUCUGGAAGUUUGCAGUCUCCUUUGCAGGCGCGCUUUUGACGUCGCUCUUCUACGUCGUCAUCGACUGGCAGGGCCGCGCAGAUCUGAGCGCUGUGCUGGCCGAGGCCAGCACCGCCGGCAGCAAAGCCCCGCAGGCAGCGGAAGAGAUAGAGGCUCCCACCAGCAGCAGUGAUCACGCUGAGCUUUGAGCACACGGGGGGUCCGGCAAAGGAGCAAGUGCUGCUGCACGUGCACUGGCCAUGGAGGUGCCGGUCGCGCAGUUUAGCGACUCCAAGGAGGCUUCUAGAUUCCUCAUCCUGCUCCCACUGGAUCGCGUUCCUCCCCACUUCCUUUCUAAUGAGAUUCUGCCCGUAGGCAGCCUUAGCGACUCCAAGGAGGCUUCUAGAUUCCUCAUCCUGCUCCCACUGGAUCGCGUUCCUCCCCACUUCCUUUCUAAUGAGAUUCUGCCCGUAGGCAGCUCACGCAACUCACUCCCCUCUUUCACCGACCACCUCCCCUCCUCUCCAUGCACGCCACCUAAAGUUGUAUUCUUAGGGGGUGAUGAGAUGUGCAUACUCCCUUAAUUUGCUGCCAGUCGGCACUUUGGCGGUUCAACGCCACUUUUGUGCUGCUAUCUCCAGUCAUACACGGCUCCACGCCAAAAUGGCCAGCCAGUAUGCUUGAGCCAGCCUCGCUAAAAAAACGACAGCAGUUCCUGCUCCUUUCGAUCCUGGGAUCCUUAGGUGGCCAGGUCAUUAUCACCAGCACGAAGAUCUAAGAGCACCCUCACCUGGUGGAGGCACCUCCCUGUGCUGGUCUUCGUGCCACCGUGCAGGCCUCCAGCGCCCUCCUCUCCCCGGGAGAGGGCGGCGCGGGAACCCGAAGGCGGCCCGUCUCGCCGCGCGGCGCCAAGCUCGGGCCCUGCCCUCGAAGGUCCACGCGGAUCUUGGACCCAGAGACCUGGGCGUUGCAGUUGUUUCCACGAAAGGUGUCUUCGUCCGGCCUCGAGCCCUGGGACCAUCACAGAUCGAAGCAGCUCGAACAGUGCUACAGACUGCUUGGGUCUGUUGCUCUGAUCGCGGUUUUCGCAAUGUUUCAAGUUGUUGGCAACGUCGGAUCUCGGGGAACCUGCGCCGGGCUCGCCUGGCGGCGCCUCCGGCUCCGCCCACCGGCGUGCUGCGCGCGCCAGAGGGGGCCCAGCGCCGAUCCGACAGGUCCGCGCGGCUCUUCGACAGGAAUGCAAUGACGA